UUUAAUAUUCAUUUAGUCUAUAAUUCCACCCUGUAAGAUGGCCUUGAAGGCGCUUCUUGGGAUAGUUCUGAUCGUUUGUUUAACGGAACAGUUAGCUAGAGGUGAUACCUAUGACGAUGAUGACCACGAUGAUAAAACAAUGAUGCCAAUGCCAAAAGGCAAGGAAAUGAUGGCGGAAGGAAAACGGAUGAUGCGGGACGGUGAACGAGGUCGACCAAUGAUGUGCUAUAUGGAAAAAAAAUCAAAGUCCAGAAAAGGCGGAAAGAGAAGAAAAAUGUCGGGAAAGAAAAAGAAAGAUGAAAAAGAAUUAUCUAAUAAAUUAUUUGAUCAAGCUUCUCGACUUCUCGGUGUUGUUAUGAUGGAGACUGAAGGAAAGCCAGGAAUAAACAUGAAAACAUUGAGAGAAGUUUCUGGAAUGCUGCAAAAAAUGGUGAAGGGAAAGAAAGAAAUGAAACCGAAGGGAAAGAAAGAUAUGAAAAAGCCUGAAUCGAAAAAAGAAGAAGAACAUGAAGAUACUGAUCUUGGACUUGAAUUACUUGAUAUCGUGAAAAAUAUGAUUGGCAAAGGCGUGGAAGUGCCAGGAGUUUCAAUCACGGUGACGGAUUCUGAUAAUGAUCACUCUGAACCCGGAAGUCAUAUGCCGCGACCUAUGAACGAUGAACCAAUGACACCGGAUAUGGGUGGACUUGGUGGAUUUUUUGGUGGGUUCGAUAUAUCACAACUUGGGUUGGACGCGAAGGGCUUGAUUGAAAUGUUCAAAGAUCCAUCUAUGUAUUUUAUGGUAAAAACUAUGAGGCUUGAACCAAUCCUAGGUUUCCUCGACGACCCUGAGAUUACAGCUAUGCUUGAAACCAUGGACAUGGACAAACUAAUGGUACUUUUGCAGAACCCAGAACUUAGCUCUGGGGAAAUGGAUGUCAAAGGUCUUACAAGUUUAAUUCAAGGCAUGAAGAAACCAGAGGUUGUAAUUGAAUCAGAAAUGUCAUCGACAAAGAAUGGAAGUUCUACACACGAAAUGGGUGGAGGCACGUCGACAGACGGUAUGACAAUGGUAGAAGGUGGAAGUAUCACGCAUGGAAUGGGAAAAGGCAUGAUAACUGAAGGUAUGGGAGAACAAGAAAUUACAACCCCUGAAAUAACAGACACGAUGAAAAUGCCAGAAAAAGAGCAAGGCGUGAAGAAACCAGAAAUGGCAAUUGAAUCAGAAAUGUCUUUAACAAAAGAUGGUAGUUCCACUCAUGAAAUGGGUGGGGGCAUGUCACCAGACGAUAUGACAAUUAUGGAGGGUGGGAGUACCACACAUGGGAUGGGCGAGGGCAUGAUAACUGACGGUAUGGAGAUGAUGACAGGAUUGAGAGAACCAGAAAUACCAACACCAGAAGUAACAGACACGAUGAAAUUGCCCGAAAUGUCAGAAAAAGAGGAUGGUCAUGAAAUGAUUGAAAUGCCGAAAACAAUGUCUAUGGAAAAUAUUGACCUUAUGAACUUUGAUGUUUCAACUCUUGGAUUGUCAUCAAAAGAAUUGAUUGCCCAGUUCAGAGGUCAAGAAAUGUCGGCAGUUGUAGAACAACUCGGUAUUCGAUCAGUUUUAACAAUGAUGGAUGACCCGGAAAUACUCUCUAUGGUGGAAAAAAUGGAACCUGAGGAAUUGAUGAUUUUCCUAAGAAGUGCAGCAGGAGAUGGUGGACAGCUAAACAAGGAAUUUAUAAUCGGUAUGAUUCAAGGAAUGAAAACAGAAAACGGAAUGAGCACAACAACAGAAAUGUUGGAAAAGGAAGAAUAUGAAGAAUCAGGAAAGCCGGGAAAGGAAUCACAUGAAAACGAAGUACCUGAAGUGAUGGAAAUGACAGGUGUUUCAGAUAAAGGACUUCCAAUGAAAGAGGAAACGAGUGUACCACCAAGUCUAAAUCUCGGUGGAUUUGACAUUGGAGCUCUUGGUCUCGACACGAAAUCAUUGAUUGCGAUGAUUCAAGAUCCAUCAAUGAAAUUUCUUAUUGAGCAACUUGAUAUUGGUCCAAUAAUAAAACUUCUAGAUGAUCCACAAGUUAAGGCGAUGAUUGAAAAUGUCGAUAUUGGCACAUUAAUCUCUAUUUUACAAAGCGGGGAGCUCCAGCCUGAUCAACUCAAUGCAGAAUUUCUUCUAGGCUUGAUUCAAAUAAAGCAACCCCUAAACGUUGAGGAUGACCACGAUGAUGACCAUGACCAUGACGACGACGAUGAUCACCAUGGCGAUGAUCAUGACCAUGAUGACGACCAUGACCAUGACGACGAUCAUGAUGACGACCAUGAUGAUGACCACGAUGAUGAAGAUCACGAUGACGAUCAUGAUGAUGACCAUGACGAAAAAGAAGAAAUUAUGGAAGCAUUCGAAAAAAUAAUGAAAAUGGCUGGAGUUGAAGGCAAGGUUACUGAAGAAAACAUAUUGGAUUCAGUGAUGAAAGCGAUGCAGUUUAUCGUGAGCGCAGAUGAAGCAACUUUGAGAAUGCUGAUGGAAGCUGUUGGAGAUGUAGAUCUAAGUAUGUUCGGAUUGGACUUUGAUGAUGAUCAUCAUGACGACGACGAUGAUCACCAUGACGACGACGAUGAUGAUCACCAUGAUGACGACGAUGAUGAUCACCAUGACGACGACGAUGAUCAUCAUGACGACGAUGAUGAUGACCACCAUGACGACGGCAUGAAAAUGGUGUGCUAUCCAAUGUCUGACAAAGAUAUUCAAAUGUACGCGAAGAAAAUGGAUAUUCCCAUGUUGGGUCAGAGUUCAAAAGAUCAUAGUUCCACGGGAAUGAUGAAACAACAGUCGACUUCAAUGUCAACAGGCAUGAUGGCAAAACCCGACCAUGACAAGAAAGAAUGCAGCUCAUGCAACAUGGAGCAUAUGAAGGAAACAAUGCAAGAUCUUAUCAAGGAAGAAAUCUCCAAGGUUUUCGGAGGUAUCGUACAAAAUAUCAACGGUAUGUCACCAUCCAUCGAUUCUUCCAUUAUGACGAUGUUACAGAAAAUGGCAAACGGCGGAUUAGAGGGAACACUAUUGCCGGCUAAAUUUGAAGACCGUUGGGGCAAAUGGUCAAGAUGGGAGAGAUGUACCAAGCGUUGCGGAGGAGGUUUGUCUGUCCGUUCUCGUGCCUGUAAAGUGGAAUAUAUGACCGAUGACCCCAGAGAAUGCGAACAAUCAGAGAGCAGAACAUGUAACAGACAACCAUGCCCAGAACCUUCAACAACAAUGGCGCCCCCAACUACUGCAGCCGCCAUUGCAAAAUGGGUACCAUGGUCAUCCUGGGAUCCAUGCACCAGGGAUUGUGGAGGCGGAGUUUCCGUCAGAUCAAGAACCUGCGCCCCUGAGUACAUGAUGAUGUUCCCAGAUGACUUUGAGUGCGAAGAAUCCGAAAGCGUUAUCUGUAAUGAACAGCCUUGUCCGACACCACCAAAAGUGGAGAGGGUAUGGGGAGCUUGGACCGGUUGGUCAGCCUGUACAGCACGGUGUAAUGGAGGGACGGCAUACCGAGCUCGUGCCUGUAGAGAUGGGUUGCCAGAAUGCACUUAUGUAGAAAGUCGGAUGUGUAAUAUACAACCCUGCCAAGAUGACGAACGAAUUAUUGUACCAGAAACUCCUGAAUGGCUAGAAUGGGGUAUAUGGGAAGAAUGUAGCGCCACAUGUGGAAUGGGAGUCACAAGAAGAACAAGGCAAUGUGUGAGAAAAGCAACAACAACUAACUGCGAACAAGUCCAAACCAGAUCCUGUCUCGAUAACCCAUGCCCACAACCUACUGAUAUGACUAAGGUCAUAGGGAUGGCGUACGGACAAUGGAGCGAUUGGUCACCAUGCACCAAGACGUGUGGACGCGGUCUGAAUAUGAGAAAACGAUUCUGUAGCGACAUUAGCAGGCCGAAUUGCGAAGAUGUUCAAAGCCGAACAUGCAUAAUGCCGGCAUGCUCAACAGGAGUCCAACGAUGCCCUGCGUCGCAGUACAGGCAGCUACGAUUGACUGACAGUUGCAUUGUCUUCCACGGAAGGGACUCUGGAAGAAAAUCGUUCAACGACUACAGACGGUUCUGUCAACAGAUGGGCGGAGAUCUCAUUGAAAUGACCGGAGUUGAAAGAUGGGUUCAGGUCACUUAUUGGUUGAAGGGACUUGUGGGAAUCGCUUUCACUGACCCAGCCGGGCUACCAUGGAUCGGUUCAACAAACGCUGGCCAUCCAGACAAGUGGACUCAUCCAAAAGAUAUGUCUAAGGCAGUAUUUACCAUCUGGAGCCGAAUGGAACCGAAACAAGCUGACUACAACCAGUGUGCCUCACUUAACGUCGUUAAUGGCCAUGCAUACAGCGCUGCUUGCACUGCUUCCAACUACGCAAUCUGUGAAUACCCGAAUUAAUCCUGUAAAUGGAAAUAUCACUAACAUUUCUACGUAUUGACUUUCACGGAAUUGAAUGAAUACCGUAUUUUAAGGACCAUAAGACACCUUUCAAAUCCUAUUUUUUCCUCAAAAAUCGAUCGUUAUUACCUACACGCAAAACCAGUACCGGUACUAUUGUUUCAUAAACAAACCACCGUCUUUAACUUCGUAGAAACCGUUGCCUCUUAUAGCCCGAUGGCCUUAUGUAGAAAUUAAACACCCCUAACUGCCUUAUGGUUCUUGAAAUACCGUGUACGAAAUAUCAAAUAUAGAUCUAAACUGAAUUACGUUUAAAUGUUGGUGUAUUUUACUUUCUUUUAUAUCCGUAUAAAUUUUUGUUACAGUUUGUUUACAAAAGUGAAAUUUUGCUUUUCUUUAACCAAUACCGAAUCAUGCUUUGGUAUAUAUAUGUUCCUAUACCGUUUCAUAACCACACUGAGCAUUACAUUUAGUUCUGUAUAGUGUGGAGGUUUUAAAGCUGCUGGAAAUACUUUAUAAUGGCUCAAUUAUUUUCAAUACUCUUGUUAUAAGUCCAAAAAAUACACAUUCAUCGUCUAAUUUUGAUAUAAUGCAAUUCAAAUGGGCUUUUCUGAAAAUAGUUUCGAAUGUUUUUGGUACUCUUCCGUUGCAUUCAAAUCAAACGAUUCUUUUACCGGACGAGAGACCGUGGUUUGUCACGUGAUUAUGACGUGUUAUCGACUUUCCUCUCCCCCGGUAUAAAAAUUCUAUCCUACUCUGGCUAUCACAUUAUUCACACAGUUUUGGACGUUGUAUAUUUAUUAUAUUACAGUUUUAAAUUGUAAGAUACCCGAUCCCUCAUUUUUAAAAAAAUUCGAUUUGAAAAUCUGCCUUCUUGCUUAAUUAAUGAACAAAGAUCUAUGUUGAAGAUAUGG